CCCUCCGCAGUCCGACCCGUCAUGUGCGCGCACGUCUUAUUAUGGGAAUUAAAUCCGUCCAGGUUCAGGUUAUCGAUUCUUGUCCCGUGACGAACACUCUGUAGUUUACCCUUUUGAUCAACAUAAGGCACCAUGGAUCUCUUGGCGCUCGCUCCAGUGGUAGCCCCACUCCACUGAUCGCUCCCUUUUCCCAUCUUUUCCUCCAUCUUCCCCCUUCAGCCUCCCCUCUUCCUUUUAUUCUUUCUUUCUUGCCCCUCACAACCACUCAGUCCUUACUUACAUCAUGGCAGGGGAGAAAGGUCCCAACAAGCGGAGCGCCAUGGACAUCAAGCGCCUGGCGAGCCUCAUUCAGAGAGGAACGGGCCGCCUGCUGGUGAUCGACAGCAGGACCUUUUCUGAGUACAACGCGUCACACGUGCAAGGUGCGGUCAAUGUCUGCUACUCCAAGCUGGUGAAGAGGCGACUGCAGCAGGACAAGGUCUCUGUCACCGAGCUGCUGCAGCCCAACGGCAAAGUGAAGGUGGAGCUGGGCAGGAAGCAGGAAGUGGUGGUUUACGACCAAAGUUCCAAAGAGACAGGGCACCUGUCCAAAGACGGCUUUGUGCACAUCCUCAUGGGAAAGUUGGAGGGUACCUUCCACAAAGUCUCCCUGCUCACCGGAGGUUUCGCAGCUUUUUCCUCCUGUUUCCCCGGCCUGUGCGAGGGGAAGCCUGCCACUGCGCUCCCAAUGAGCUUGUCCCAGCCCUGUUUACCUGUGGCAAAUGUAGGACCAACUCGCAUCCUGCCACACCUCUACCUGGGUUCACAGAAAGACGUUCUCAACAAGGAUUUGAUGUCUCAGAAUGGCAUCACUUAUGUCCUGAAUGCCAGCAACACCUGUCCCAAACCGGACUUCAUCAGUGAGAGCCAUUUCAUGCGCAUCCCAGUGAACGACAAUUACUGCGAAAAACUGCUGCCCUGGCUGGACAAAACAAAUGAGUUUAUAGACAAAGCUAAGGUGUCAAACUGCAGAGUGAUUGUGCACUGCCUAGCUGGAAUUUCACGAUCAGCCACCAUCGCCAUUGCAUACAUCAUGAAGACAAUGGGCUUGUCAUCAGAUGAUGCCUACAGGUUCGUAAAGGACAGGAGGCCGUCCAUAUCCCCAAACUUUAACUUCCUGGGUCAGUUGCUGGAGUUUGAGAAGGGCCUACGAUUACUACAAGCUUUAACUACAGAUGACAAGAAGUCUGAAAACAACUCCAAACAAAGCUCUGAGGUUAAUGGGGUCUCUGCUGGUUUUGAGAUCAACGGUCACCACACCAGCUGUGACUCAUCGGUGGCAGAUCCUCACACCAAGACUGAACCCAAGUUACCAUCUCCUACUUCCCUCCAGCAGGGCUUUAAUGGCCUGCACCUCUCGGCAGAGAGGAUUAUGGACACUAACCGUCUCAAACGCUCUUUCUCUCUGGACAUUAAGUCUGUCUACUCUCCUAGCAGUCCACAUUGCCCCCUCAUGGCACCCACUCAUUCUGAAGACAUCCCCAAACUGUGCAAGCUCGACAGCCCUGGAACCGGCACCUCCAACGGUGUCUGCUCCCAGUCGCCCGUCCUCGACAGCCCCGGCUCUUUCGAUUCACCAUUCCCCUCACCGAGCAGCGGGGGUAGCAUUGGGGGUUUGGGUGGAAGUGAAGGAGUCUAUCGAUCUGGCACAUCCUCAUCCAGAACCAGAAGAAAAACUAAGCACAGCUGUGGUAAUUCUCCAGUCCACUCCCAUCUGCAUCAUCCUCCCCAAUCCCUCAGCUUGUCGCUGGACCACAAGAGCCCCAGCCUGGAAGAAAACCUCAGGGGUUCCCCGCUCCUCUCGCUACCCUCCCUGCCAUCUUUGGGUUCUGGGGCUAUGUGGACCAAACACAGAGACACUGUCCAGGCUACAACUCCUGUCACUCCAGUCACCCCAACUACGGACGCUCCCUGGCAUUUUGGAGCAGACGAAGGUGGUCAGGGAGAAAUGGAGCUGGGAGGAGGAGAUGGAAGGAGAGAGGAGUCAUCGGUGCGGUUUGGUAGCAGCUCAGCAUACGUGGCGUUUGGAUGUAGCGAAGGCGCCAGGUUACGGGACAAAUCCCAGAGGGAGAAGCCCUCAGGGUCUCAGACACAGAGGGACCACUGGGAUUCCACGUCCGCCAGCUCAAGUAACAGUGUUCCUGCAUCAGAAAAACAGUUCAAGCGCCGCAGCUGUCAGAUGGAGUUCGAGGAGGGCAUCUCCGAGACAAGGUCCAGGGAAGAACUGGGGAAAAUCGGGAAGCAGUCAAGCUUCUCCGGAAGCAUGGAGAUCAUUGAAGUGUCCUGACAGAUAAUGGACCUGGUGAAUGCUGUCCCGUGGGGGCAAAAAUGGACCUGUUUUAAGGGAGUGCCAGAAGAAGAAAAAUGAGGUGGAGCCAAUGAAGGUUUUUUUUUGUGCUCCCCUCCACAGACAGUGUUAAAGACUCCAAUUGAGGGAAGGGCAGAUACAAGCUGAGAGUUAAUGUGAACAGUUUGCAAACCUGGACUGACAGAGCCUCAGAUGUGAUGUUUUAGGUAGUCAUACUUAUUCUGAACUCUUAGAAAUUGGAGGAAAUCCUGGGGGAAGGGGAGUUAAAGUUGUGGCUGUUGGUACUGCAAUUUUUUAUUUCUGUCACAAGUUAAAAGAUAUCACCCCAAGUAAGCAUCACAUUGCAUCUUGAUUAUACAAAAUUCCCUGAUGUUCAGACUCGUACUGUUUAUCUGUGGUUAAAUGUAGUGUGGGCUUCAGUGGGUGUACAGCUUGUGAUUUGAUCCGAGCCCCAUGUUUCGUCCCGAAGUUCCACCCCUGUGUCAGAGAACCAUGCACGGCUACAUCCGCCCACCACCACCUUUCCCCUGUGGUCCGGCCCGCCCCAAAUGCUGCAAAAGAACACCACCAACUGUAGUGGACUUAACAGUACUGUGUCCUCCUACUAUCACAGCACAAAGCAGAGAGGUCCAACGGACUUAACAUAAAGACGGUACUGCAUUCAAAUAACGAAGGAUCCUCUGUAUUCUGUUGAGGAAAAGACUUGUAACAAUGGACAUGGUGUCCCUCCAAAGCACAGUACAUCUAUCCUGACUUUGGCUCCUUUUGUUUCAAAUGUUAACAGCAUGAUAAGACUGAGGUUUCCGGAUCCCCCCAGGCCUUUCCCCACUGAACCUAGCCACUAUGGCCAGAAGAGAGCAUGCACCUGAAAGGCUGACUACAGACAGACAAAUACUAUAUAUAUACAAUAUGAAUAUAUAUAGCAAUUUUAAUGAACUUCUGUUCAGUUAUAGUUUUAAUUUAUUGUACUGCUUCAUUCUGGUAAUGAGAAAUAAUAUAAUGUUUUGUGGAUUCUUUUUUUUUUCUUCUGUUGAAUUGUUAUUAUUAUUUGAUGUAUGGUAUUUAUGAACACACACUCAUUACAAAUACACACAUUCAACAAAAUUCAAGCAAGCAAUAUGUGCUGUUCCUUUUGUUUGAGAGAGUGAUGUAUGACUUUGAGAUGCACUUUUCUGCUGAGUGAUUACCAUUCACAUCCUGACAACACGAUAUUCCAAAAGCCAAGUUUUUGCUUCUGUUUUAUAAAAAGAAAAGGCACAGAAGUCCCACUGACGAGUUCUUUAACCGGACCUCUGUAUUGUGAAUUCAGGAGUUUGUCACAACUGAGGGCCCAAUUAUGACUGAAAAGACUGUUUUACUCAGCUGUGUGGAGAUAAGAAAAGAGCAGCCUAACAACUCCUUGACCAUACUCUUAUAUAUGUUGAAGCAAAUGAGCCUGUCUUACAGCUAUGGCUGUGAACAAGUAUUUGUCCCUCACUGAUUUGUUUUGUUUCUUUCUCUUUUUUCCCCCUCACACUUAAGUGUUUCUGGUCAUCAAAAUAGUGUUUAUAUUUGGCAAAGAUAACCUGAGUAAAUACAAAAUCCAGUUUUUUAACAACAGAAAAAGUUAUUCAACCAACCUUAUGUUAAAAAAAAACGGAUGUUUAAAAAAAGAAAAAAGAAUUUCUCCCAAAUCCUAAUAACUGGUUGGACUAACCUUGACAAUCCUUUAGGAUUUUCUCGCAUAGAACAAAAUUCUAUGCGUGUACUUUGCACGACUUGAUUACCUCAAGUCGUGCAAAGCAGUCCUCCGACCAUCACUCUACUAUCACAAUAAUGUUGAAUGUAGGUUAAAAAAAAGAAAAAUUUAAAUACUGUGGUAGUUUUUGCCAUAUUUGAUGGGAUGCAUACCUUUCUGCUUUUGUCUCUUCAGUCUAAGUAUAAGAACAUGCUUCUGUAAUAUUUAUGGUCAUCAGUUUUCACCAUGGAGCUUUCUCUGGAUGCCAAUUUUCCCAGUCUCUUUCUUAUUUCUCAAUGAUCUGACCUAAGACAAGUGAGACAUGUAGAGCUUUAGAGGUUCUUCUGUUGUUAAUGAUCCUUAUUGAUCUUUGCUGGACUUGCAAAAAUGUACACGACUGUCUAACUGGUAGCGACAAGUGACUCAUGAUUUGACAGUAGAAUUAUGUUUUCUGAUUGGGCCAGGUUAGCAUAAGCAGAUUUUUCCACCUUAACAGAUGAAUUCAAAAGUGCAACCUGCUUUUUCUGUUUUACUCUGGUUGUCUUUGUUUGCUACACGUUUCUUGAUACUAUAAAAUAUGUAAGUGUGAGGAAAAAUGCUGAAACAGAUAAAAAUGUGCGAGGAGCCAAUAGUUUUUCGCAUCAAUGUGUAUGCUAACAGAAGUACGCUGUCACGGUUUUCAGAUCUUCUCUGAGCUAGUGAUGCUCACAGCUGAAACUAUACAUUCAUGGCACACUGUACGCCCCUCUCACUUACAGUAUAUUCACACAUGAAUCCCUACACACACCCUUUCGUUCAUUCUCAGGGGAUCUUUUGGUGAGCCAAGCCCAACACAGGGUACACAGCUGCUGGUACAUCAGCACAAUGCAUGUCCAUGAAGCACCCUCUCUCUCUUUCUCUGUUUUUUAUCUGUUUUUACAAUAAUUUUUAAAUUUCCAAAGCUUUGAUCACAAGAGCAUAACACAAUGAACAGAAAAAUAAAAAAAAUCGGGCUCUUCGUAUUUCGAGGUAGAAGGAAGGGAAAUAAAUGAGCUCUCCUGGUGUGAGAAGGUUAUUUAUUUGUGAUGUAAAAUGUGUUUGAUAUUUUUCUUUUGACCCUGGAUUAGCUUUACUGUCUGGCGAUCUCUGACCUUUUGACCUUAUGCUGCUACAGCUACAAGUUCAGAUAAGUCAUGUGUUUCCUGAAGAACCUUUUUUCACCUUACUCCCCAUAUUUUUAAGAAUUGUUAUUUAUGCUAUGUAACAAGAAUGAUGCAGGCUGUCCCCUUUGCUACAUUAUUAUUAUUAUUAUUAUUAUUAUUAUUGUACAUAGCAACGCAUCUAAGAACACUGAUAAAUUUAGACAAGUUUUUAAAAUAAAAUCCUGAUACCUUAGGCUGCUUGAUGCAAAAAUACCUCAGGUUCUAUUGAAAGGCUUUUCCUUCCCCUGUAUAUGUUUUGUGAAAAUGAGACAAAAAUACAGACAUGACAAAAUACA